AUGGGCGACAUAGGCCGGACAUAUAGGAAGCUUCUGCCCCAGUCUACACCUUUAAGUAGCGGGGCCGGAGGCCAGCUACGACCCGAUAGUGGUGGUAAUAACGGAGCCUGUAAAGAGUGUCAGAGGCGUCGAAUACGGUGCACGGGAGCGCCAUGCAUGGAAUGCCAAGCACAUAACAGAAAAUGUACAUUUGACGAAUUAGCCGACAAACGACGCAAGGCUAACGCACGGCAAGCGCAAGAGAAUCUGGAAAGUGAACGAGCAUAUCUGGACAGCCUGCUGGAUAUCCUUCGAGACGAUAAUAUACACACGGAAGUGCGCCGCGCCAUCGCGGCCCUCAGGCCCCGACCUUCUGAAUUCUUACAAAGCGGUGAUCCAUCUGAUCCUCAUUACUAUGGCAAUGGUCAUGGGAAUAAUAAUGACCCGAGCGGCGGCAUGGGCUACUUUUUUAAUCCCCUGUAG